UCAAGCCUUGGCCAUUUUGUAUGUAGAAACAAUUAAAAAUAACUGUUUUAUUUCACACUAUUGAGAUGAUAAUGAGGAAGGAAGGAUGUGAAAUAUUUAAUUAUUUGAACUGUGAUGUAUAGCAAUGAUUGAAGGUUGUCGUUUUCAGAUAAUAUUGGCACAAGAGAUGAAGAUCGCCUGUCCUCUAUUUGUGUCUUUCCUGACCUAUUUAUUGUUAGUCAAUUCAAGUACAUGUACCCCUGUUCAUCGCACAAAAAGAGAGCUGUACAAGGAUUUCGUCGAUAAACACGUCACUUUUGUAAGGGUAGGGAAGAAACCAACGUAUGAUCUAUUUCGAGGAAGACUGCCUGCAUUUGCCAACACUCCAAACCGGAAAAAACACUCUUUCAUUGUUGUAAUCGUGAAAAAUUCGGAAAGAGAGGAUGAAAAAAAACGCUCGUUUUUAGAAAAACUCGAUGAUUUAAUCUCGAAAAAGAUCAGUAAUGGGGGUUGCAAAGCCAAGCGUAAUGAUAUAAACAAUCCUGCUGCUAGACAAGAAAUUCUUCGAGUUAAACCAAACACCUGUAAAAAUUCGGACCAAACAAAAAUUUUGAUAGACGAUUAUUUUAUUUGUCCCAUUCAAACAAAAGAACUAGAUUCAAAGAUAUUUUUAGCUGAAUUUAACGUACAGGACAAAAACGACCGUUGUGUUUUUUCGGAAAAGGGUUCGUUUUCCGUUGGAGCUGGAAUCAAGAAAAAUGUAGACACCAAAACUCGAAGAAAGACGAAGGACUGGUUUCUGGUGAAUCACUUAGAAAAAUCUGAAGUACUAAAUGGUGAGGAGUGUGUUGAAAAAUGAUCCCCCUUUUACAUAGACACCCCCUCGUAAUGAAAUGCUGCAAUGAAACAAGAAAAAAGCCUUAACUUCAAUUCGUCUGCAUCGACAUCUUUUACAAUACAUUUUGUCUUCCGUUUCUGAUGAUUCCAGAAAAGGAAUGCAUGUGGAGGAUACUAAGUACUCUAAAUCUGCAUGUCUUCCCGACUUGUAUUUUUGUUGCGUUUAAGGAUUUGAUAAUGUUAUUGUUUUCGUGCUUUAUUUUACUUGUAUAAUAGAAUUAGAACGACUUCCUAGAGGAAUUGAAAAUUCAGGUAUAAUUUAAACGAAAUGGAACUUUAAAUUCCGUUCAUUAUAGUGUUUCUGAAAGAAAACAACUUGUGUUGGUUGAUUAAAUUUCAGAAAGAAUUACAAUUUUCCUAUGAAAAAUAUAAUUUUGAUAUGAUUUUAAAAAAAAAAUUCCUACGGGAUUUACAAUAAGAAUUUUUUUUCACAAGAGAAUGAUCUAUUUAAUAUAUGGCAAGCAUUUUUUCAGAUUUUUAAAUCUUCAAAAUAAAUCUGUAGCUGCGCAGUUCGACAGCUGUUCUGAGUGAUUUAAAAGGCAUUGUCCUGUUCUUGUAUGCAUAUUUUUCAAACAAAAUGACAUUAAGGACUUUAUAUUUGUUGCUUUUAUAUCUUUUAGCAAAUUUUUUGGCCAGUUUCGGGCAUAAACGAGCCGGUUCAAGAAAUGUUUACAUUCUUAUCCUCAAAUGUACAAGAUGGCCGCAAAUCCCCCUUAACUUUGGUUUUCUGUCCGACUGAUAAAGAUAUUUGUAAUCUAAUUAAAAUAAGAUGUUUGAUUCGCUCGCUUACUCGAAUAAGCGAGCGGAUCAAACAUCUAAUUUUAAUUAGAUUGCCCUAUUUUGAGGCAGAGUUUCUACAAUAAUGUGCAGGAUCCAACCUUUUUCUCAACAAAUGGUUGUAAUUUGCAUACAAAACAACAUAUUAAUUGCUAUUUUAUCUUUUGACAACAGUUUUGGGCAGAAACAAGCCAGUUCAAGAAAUGUUUACAUUUUUAUUCUCAAAUGUACAAGACGGCCGCACAUCUCCCAUAACUCGACAAACUUGUAGACUUUACAUUUGUCGAUUUGAAGGUGUCAGAUGAACUAUUUUCGAACAUGAAGAUCUAAUAGAGAAACUACAGAUUGAAAAUGUUCAAAGGUGAAGGUUAUUUAACUAAAAAAAACAAUCAAGCUGCAAAAUGUGCAUCAUACGAAGGAACAAUACUGUAUAUAUUAUGGAACUGGUAAAAUCAAAUCUUAUGCCCGAGUUUCGUAAGUUACACCAUUAGAAUUAUACACAUUCAUGGAUACCCAGACUCACAAACCAACACGAUUACAUAGUUUACAUACCUGGAUUUUUUAACACGAUUACCCUCCAUAGUAAUUAUCCGGCGCAGCGUUGUUCUGUUCUCAGAUUAUUUUGACUGUGUGGCAUCAUCUCUCAGAUUCUGCAGAUAAAAAAAACUAUUGUUAAUAGACCAAAGGUCUUUACCGGUCCCCUUGUUAAUAUUAAGUAUUUAACACACUUCUAAUUCUUGCUGUCAGUUUAUAUAAAAAAUAAAUAUUCUGAUGAAUCUUUAUUUCUUAAUAUAAACUGACAGCAAGAAUAAUAAAGUACGUAAUAUAUACAAAUAAUACAAAAAUCGCAAAAAUAAUCACAGAGACCUGCACACACACACACACACACACACACACACACUGGAGAUACUGCAACUCUACAAGGUUAAGCAAAGUAGAAAUUAAAUUAACCGAAUCUCAAAUUCCAAUGAUUUGUCAACAUGUCCAUUACUUAUCGUUCAAAAAAGCAAUUUCAACAGAAUUGUAUCAAUACUAAUUGGAACUAAUAUUCUAUAAUAUCAUUUUGAUGAUGUUCGAAAACUUAUAUAUACCUCUUAUAUUUUAGUAUUGUCAGAAAAUCAGCUUCCUUGUGAUUAAGUAGUGCUGUACAAUGUCGCAAAAAGAAGAACCAGUUCCGCAUCUGCCAAGAUGAUUAAUUGAAAAAUAAGUACAUGUGCAUGUAUAAUGUAUUUCAUUAUUAAACUACAUACAUUUUAUUGAAGUUUAAAAAUAUUUCUUUUUAUAGUGAAGUGAUCUCGUAUUAUGGAAGUAUAAGGUUGUUAUUAUUACAGAAGGAGAAAUUAUCUUAUUAUAAAGAGAAAUAUUUUUAACGUCAGGUGACUGUGUAUAAAACAAAUUAAAAUCAUCCAAGUUUUUUGUGAGGUGAAUGUAUCUUCGAACUGCUUUCUCACAUUCUAUAUAUAGUUUCUUCAAAACAAUAAGAAGAUGGGGUUAGAUUUUGCAGCUGACACAUUAAUAAAUUUCAAAAUAAAUUUUAAAUAUAGUCUUGAAGACAAAUAUUUAAUGUUGUGAUUAGCAUCAAUGCUAUGAUAAUGUUAGCUUUGGUCAUUUUGCCACAAUUGAAAAGUUCAACACAUCUGUUGCUCGUCAGACUAGACACUCACAAAUCUGUAUUACUUCUUAGAUACACACAAUUAUUUUAAAGAAAGAUGACAGGUGUCGUGCUACACUACAAAAAGAAUCAAAUUUCAUGAAUGGAAAAUAUCAAGUAUGCAAGAUAAAUUACAGUCAAUUAUGAAAACAACCUGUUUGCAUUGGCUGAUAUCGACAAUAGUUUGACCAUUAAUCAACCCAACAACGUCGUCAAAUAGAAGACGUCAGCUUGGAGCGAAAGCGAGACAAAAGUGAGCCAUCGGGAUGCUGUAGAGUCAUUCUGAUAUUUCUCGGCACGCUGCAAUAAUGAAUUUAACACAAGCGCAAUCUUAUUCGUCAUUUUUUGGAAAUGUAAAUAUAUCAAGCAACAACGGAGAAAGACAGCCAUCGCUAGACUUUUCCAUCUUUGCGAGGCUGUGUCAUCAUGCCAGCGGGAAAACGAACAAUACAAAUAGCUCUUUUCUGUUGCAAUUGCGGAAUAUAUGCAAUUCGCCGUUAUAUAGUAUUACCAUAGACAGGAAAAACAUUUUACCCGCGCCGUUGCCGAAAGCCUCAUUAGAAGUGUUCAUGGCAUUGUAUAUUCUCAUCAUAAUUUUGGCAGUUUUGGGGAAUUCUUUGGUGCUUGGACUGAUCGGUGUUGUGAAAAAAGCGCGAGCGUUGACCGACAUUUACAUUAUAUCGUUAGCCAGCAGUGACCUGAUGAUUGCAACCCUGAACAUGCCUUUUCAACUGUACCAUAUUGUAGCCAAUGACUGGAUGGCGACUGGGAACUUUGGAUCGUUUCUUUGCAAAUUUACGGCAUACGUUGAAGGAGUAACUGUCGUAGCUAGUAUUCUAACUUUGCUUUUCAUUGCCAUUGACAGGUAUGCGGUCAUUUGUGAAAUAGGAUUCGCCAAUGUCAUCCACAACAGAGGGUCGGCAAAAAUGAUCAUACUGUCAGUAUGGUGUGUUUCAUUGUGUGUUCCAUCUCCAAAUUUAGUUUUUCAGAAACUUGACAAAAGAGUGAAUGUAAAGUCUGUUGAUGGUGUCUUUAUCAUGGAUGGUUUCAAGUUCAUCUGCGCUGAGUUCUUCCCAAAUGAAUACGGUAGCCGUAUAUACACAGCUGUGACGUACACGUGUUUUUAUCUACUUCCGGUUCUGAUCAUGGCGUUCAGUUACGGCCGAAUAGGACAUAGACUUUGGAUCCACCAUCCUAUUGGCGAUGUAGAGGAAAAUCCACGUCAUCACGAACGCAACAUCAAGCAGAAGAAAAGAGUGAUCAAAAUGCUUAUAAUGCUGUUCUUGUCGUUUGCUGUGUUAUGGCUGCCUUUCUUUACUUUCCAUCUCUACAGGGAAUUUGUUAUCAAUGAAAACGAGUCUUUUCGAAUAAAAAGCGCAAUUCUAAAACUGAUUGGAUAUGCAAAUUCUUGCGUCAAUCCUGUAAUUUACACGUUUUUGAAUAAGGCUUUUCAGAAUGAGUUUAAGCGCCUUUUCUGUAAAAUCCGUGUGUUUGUAACGUCUGCAAAUGGCAAAACAGAAGUAGUACGUAUUACAAAGAUGUAAAUUUUGGGACAAACAUGUACUUGAAAAGUUUUAAAUUUACAUAUAUACUCUAUAAAGCUAUCCGUGUCUAUUCUCAAGCAUGCACGUGCUUAAAGAUGUUUUUGUAAAUUAACAAUUUUUUCCCCUGGUUAAUAUUAUAAAG